AGAACCCAUCUGCGAAUUCCUUUUUCCAUUUAACCUGCGAAUUAACAAAGUGGGAACUGAGAAGUGACUGGCAUUGCUUCCGAGUCUCUCUCUCUCUCCCUCUCUUUCUGGCACAACAAUGGCGGCGGCGUUUUCCUUCGCCUCCACCUCCCCCAAAAACUCUCCUACUCCCAUUUCCUCCCCUCUCUUCCUCCCUCCUUCCUCCCACUCCAUAUCUCUCCCUCUCCCUCUUCCAUCGCCUCUCUCCCUCUCCACCUCCACCGCCGCCGCCACCGUCUCUCUCCGCAUCCGCUGCAUCGACGCCGCGCAGCCUUUCGACUACGAGUCCCAGCUCCGCUACCAGCACCUCAAAUCAAAAUCCCUAAAAAUCGCCAUCCUCGGAUUCGGCAAUUACGGCCAGUUCCUCGCCAAAGCAUUCUCCCGCCAGGGCCACACCGUCAUCGCCCACUCUCGCACCGACUACUCCGCUGCCGCCGCCGCCCUCGGCGUCCGCUUCUACUCCAACCCGCACGACCUCUGCGAGAGCCACCCGGAAGUCGUACUGCUCUGCACAUCCAUCCUCUCCUCCGAGAAGGUACUCCAGUCUUUCCCCUUUCAGAGAUUGAAACGCAAUACCCUUUUCGUCGAUGUGCUCUCCGUGAAAGAAUUCGCCAAGACCAUAAUGCUGAAGUAUUUGCCCGUGGAAUUCGAUGUCCUGUGCACGCACCCAAUGUUUGGACCCGAGAGUGGGAAGCAUUCUUGGGCCGGGUUGCCGUUUGUGUAUGAUAAGGUGCGAAUUGGGAACAGCGAGGAUAGGAUCAGUAAAUGUGAGAAGUUCUUGGACAUUUUUAGCAGAGAAGGGUGCAGGAUGGUGGAGAUGAGCUGUGCUGAGCACGAUCGACAUGCCGCGGGGUCGCAGUUCGUGACCCAUGCCAUGGGGAGGGUGUUGGAGAAGUUUGGGUUGGAGUCUUCUCCGAUCAACACCAAAGGGUACGAGACGCUGCUGAAUUUGGUGGGCAAUACCUCAGGGGACAGCUUCGAGUUGUUCUAUGGCUUGUUUCUGUGCAAUCCGAAUGCUAUGGAGCAGUUGGAGAGGCUGGACAUGGCUUUUGAAGCGAUUAGGAAGGAGUUGUUUGGGAAAUUGCAUCAGGUUUAUAGGAAGCAGUUGUUUGGGGAUUUAGAAGGUGGUCAGGUGGAGAGCUUUAGGAUUCAGAAAAUGCUUGUCAAUGGUGCCUCUGGGAAGCUGCCUCCUUCUGAAACUUCGAGCGAAGAUGGGUCUUCGGCUUAAGGGUUUUCACAUCGUUCAUUGGUGGUGUAAUAAAGCUCUAUUCUCUGUUGCUGCUGCUGCUUUUAAAGAAGAAAGCAUGUUGUAGUUUUGCAGUUUAGUGUUCGCCGAGUGAACUGUUGUUCCCCCGACGGCCUAAUGCAGCAGUGGAAAUGUGUCGUUUUCAAGAAAAACAGAACCUGAUUCUUAAAUCAUCUUUGUGAUUUGGGUGAGCUGUGUUCACUGUUGAACUCUCGAUUCCAUGUAUCUAUAAGUAAUGUUGUUAAGGUUUUACGGUUUUCCCCCCGAAGAGUUCCGCUUCGGUGAGGGAAGAAUUCUGCCUCGGUGUCCAUGGA